AUGUCGUACACCAUUGCUGGCCGCAAGAUCCUUAACGAGCACAUUGCGCUUGCUGUGCUCGGCACCUACGGCGCCAUUGCCGUCUCGCAGAUGGGCGGCUCCAAGCAGGCCACGCCCUCGGCCAGCCCCGAUGCCAAGGCGGCCAACCAGCCCCCCAUCAACGCCUCUAGCUCCGACGAGGAGGCCUUCAUCAAGCAGUUCCUCGCCGAUGCCGAGAAGGAGUCCGGUCGCCAGGUCUAA